GUCACAGCGACAUUUGUCAGAGUCAGAGACGUCAAAGUGUCAAAAGAAAAUGACGUAAAUUGUAGUACAACAAAAAUAAUUUUAAUCUAAUAAAAUCGUGUAUUGAUUAUUGAAAAAGGUUUUUAGUGAAUAAGUUCAACAUGUUUUGUUGUCUGAAAAGUUGUAUGAAUGGCUUUACGUUAACACCUAGCGUACCUAUACGCAUAAAGGAAAAUCCUGUACAGUUGGAUACGUUACACAUGGGUCAUGAGAUGGUGAUAAUAAAGGGGGGACAGCGAGUGUGUGGUUCAGGCUGUGCACUUGGCAAUGCACCACUUGUGCAGAACAAAUCAUAUUUUGAGGUGAAGCUGCAGCAGGGAGGAGUGUGGGCCGUUGGAGUGGCUACUAGGGAAACAGAUCUCAAUAGAGUACAUGGUGGAAUGGACAAAGAAUCUUGGUGUCUCAACAGUGACGGUACAGUGCGUCACUCGAACAUCGAGCUCUAUCACCUCGCACAAGCGCCGCGAGAGUCACCGACCGCCGAUUUACUUGUAUCAACAGAAUCACCAACCCAUGAAAAUGAAAAGCCGGAAAGCGAGAAAGCGACAAACGCUGCGGCGGUCAUGCCAGUAGAGGGCGACACCAUCGGUGUGGCCUACGACCAUGUAGAUCUGAAUUUCUUCUUGAAUGGAAAGAAUAUGGAGAUACCAGUCAGUAAUAUUAGGGGGACGGUAUACCCAGCACUCUAUGUUGACGACGGCGCAAUUUUGGACGUAAUCUUCGAAAACUUCCUCUACCCACCGCCGACAGGAUUCGAAAAGAUCAUGGUGGAACAAUCCCUCCUCUAACAGAUGACCACGGACCGGCGGUGUAUAUGGACCUUGAUGUUUUGGCAGAGUGCUAUUGUGAAUACUGCUUAAGACUUAUAUCUGAGACUGUCUAGUGUGAAUGAACUAUAUUUUUAAAUACUGAACCUUUCUC